UCUUUUAAUAUUGCCAGCCCAGUUCUUCCCAUCCUUGCCUAGCCGGUGCUUGUGUUUCCGCAGCUCAUCGUGGAUAGUCGCUGCCGAGUGGGCACUCGGUGUUCGGGUCGUCAUGGCUGGUUACGAAUACGUGAGCUCGGAGCAGCUGGCCGGCUUUGAUAAGUACAAGUACAGUGCUGUGGAUACCAGUCCACUCUCUCUGUAUAUCAUGCAUCCAUUUUGGAACGCUGUAGUAAAGGUAUUUCCUACUUGGCUGGCUCCAAAUCUGAUAACCUUUUCUGGCUUUCUGCUGGUCGUAUUCAAUUUUCUACUUAUGGCAUACUUUGAUCCUGAUUUUUAUGCUUCAGCACCAGGCCACAAGCACGUACCUGACUGGGUUUGGAUUGUAGUGGGCAUCCUCAACUUCAUAGCCUACACUCUAGAUGGUGUGGAUGGAAAGCAAGCCCGCAGAACCAACUCCAGCACCCCCUUGGGGGAGCUUUUUGACCAUGGCCUCGAUAGUUGGUCAUGUGUUUACUUUGUUGUAACUGUAUAUUCCAUCUUUGGACGAGGAACAUCUGGUGUCAGUGUUUUUGUUCUUUAUGUCCUGCUAUGGGUUGUUUUGUUUUCUUUCAUCCUGUCCCAUUGGGAAAAGUAUAACACAGGCAUUCUUUUCCUGCCAUGGGGAUAUGACAUUAGCCAGGUGACUAUUUCUUUUGUCUACAUAGUGACUGCGAUUGUGGGAGUUGAGGCCUGGUAUGAACCUUUCCUGUUUAAUUUCUUAUAUAGAGACCUAUUCACUGCAAUGAUUAUUGGUUGUGCAUUGUGUGUGACUCUUCCAAUGAGUUUAUUAAACUUUUACAGAAGUUAUAAAAGUAACACCUUGAAACACAAUUCAGUCUAUGAAGCUUUGGUUCCCUUCUUUUCUCCAUGUUUGCUAUUCAUUUUGUCUACAGCGUGGAUCCUCCAGUCACCUUCAGAUAUUUUAGAGAUACAUCCUAGGGUGUUCUACUUUAUGGUUGGAACAGCCUUUGCUAAUAUCACAUGUCAGCUGAUUGUUUGUCAAAUGAGCAGUACCAGGUGUCCAACUCUGAAUUGGUUGCUGGUUCCUCUCUUCUUGGUUGUCAUGGUGGUCAACUUCGGAGUUGCCUCUUAUAUUGAGAGCAUUCUUCUGUAUACGUUAACAACUGCUUUCACUCUGGCCCACAUCCAUUAUGGAGUACGAGUGGUAAAGCAACUGAGCAACCACUUUCAGAUUUACCCCUUCUCAUUGAGGAAACCAAACUCGGAUUGACUAGGAAUGGAAGAAAAGAAUAUUGGUCUGUAAUCUACAGAAAGAAGUACUGUAAAUAAGAUGCUUGUAAAUAUUUCAUCCAUCACCAUUGAACUAAACUGAUCUGCUUAACAGACUUGGGAACUCUGUGUGUGUGGUACUUGUACAGCAGGAACGAUACAUAUAAUCUGAACUUGGGGAAUUUGGAAUCUACUAACGCCCAGCUUAUUUUAUUUUUUAUAAAACCAUGUGACGUUUUGGUUAAGCAUAAUGUAUAUUAGACCAGCAAAAUGUUCCUAGUGAUUUUAGGUUCAUGAGUCUAUGAAGUUUUGGUUCAGACAUUCAGAAAACCACAAUAUGUUUUCAUAUUUGGUACUUAGUACUGAGUCUUUAGCUGUGGAAGCUAUCAGUAGUCCACAUCUAAUAUAAGGAAAAGGUAAGAGCAAGUCACCUUCAGCAAGAGAUGCCAAAUGAUUGCAGAACACUAUACAGGUUUGCCAAAUACUGGUUUCUCUUUCCCAUGGAAAUACCUUUGUCCUCAUGUGCUAAGAGAGCUAAAUAUAUAUAUAAUAUACAUAUAUAUAUUAAUAUACAUAUAUAUAUAUACAUACAUAUAUAUGUAUGUAUGUAUAUAUAUAUAUAUGGAUUCUCUAGUACUCUAGUAUUUGGGCUCUCUUUGUUGUGAAACAGAUCUUGGUAAGGUAAAUGGUUUAAUUUUCUUUUAAAGAAAAAGAUUCUAUUGAAAAUUAGUAGAGAAUGGAUUGUAAUUGUAGCUCACCCAUUGGCGUGGUUCAUUGUUUAAAUGUGGCAUUUUCCCUCCUCAGCUGCAAGUUGCUGAGAUUUGGUGCCUGUGAACAAUGAUUAAAUGAAUGCACAUGACAGUGUCAGUUUUAUGAUAAUUACUUGUGAGGAACAUAGAUAAAUUUCCUUAUAAGAGAAAUUUACUUUGGGAUUAGGAAUCUCAUGAACCUCGCUAUGAAAUUCCUACUGUGAACCUCACUACAAAAUUAGUUUUCUGAUUCAAUUUGUCCUUUUUUCCUUCUUCUCUCUCCCUCUACCUCUUUGUGUGGAGGGGAGAGUGCUGGGGUUUUUUAUUUCAUUCAGGACAAAGGUGUAGAGAAAUUCUCUCUUCCCCAAAUUGCUCAUCUCCCCUCUUGAAGAAAACUUUUGAUAUAUAUGCCUUACUGAGUAUGUACUCCCUUUAAUAUGACCUGGAGUAAUUUUUGAGGUUUACUGACAAACAUAAAAAUCUCUUUGACUUUAAUAUGGUUUUAUAGAACACACCUUUUCAUGAAUGUGGAUAUUUUCCUCUAUUUCUUUUUGACUUUCUCCAUUUACUUUGGUGGUGGUGAAAUUUACUUCCUGAUUUUCUUUUAUUUUCCACGGAAUGAAGUUUGUGCUUGAAUGAAGAGUGUAUCUUAAACCCUUUUUUUUUGGAUGGAUUGCACUUGGAUAAAAUAGGCACCACUGUGUUGAUAUGUAAUUACCUUCAUAACCAUUAUUUAUCUAUGAAUGUGGCCAUCUUUCAACUUAAUUAUAAUGUAUCCCUUUGUUAAAUUUCUGUCUGCUGCUUUGUAAAAAUAACUAUGUAAUUGAUAUUUCAAUUUUUAAAUUUGUAAAUUCUAAUCAUUGUCAUCUAGGUUGUUAGAAAUGAGGAGUCAAGGAGCUAACUCAUGAUUCUGUACUCAAUUUUAAAAAUGUAAAGCUUGAGGUACAUUUGGUGACCUUCUCUGAGACAAAAAUGAACACUGAAAAUAGGUGGGAAAUUGAUUCAGGAAAAUGUGGGUAGUGAUUCCAUGUAUGUUAAUAAGUUGUCAUCAUGGAGGUCAGAGACUGAACCAAUUAAGUGAAGGUAACACUAUUUUUUGUAUACCUUGUUCUGUGUCAUCUGUAGACUUGAACUGGAUAAAGUGUGAAUUUGGGCUGGGAACAAAGCUUUGUUUUAAGAUUUCUAAGCUAAUCAUUUUACUGUUUUCUUGACCUUGUACACAAGAAUGAGAUUAAUCUGUAUUACAUAAAAAAGGAACUGAUAAAUAUUUAUAAAAUUACAAAUUUGGACCACAGGCUUUCUUCACCUUGUACAGCAUAGUAAAAAAAAAAAAAUACCCGUUACUUCUGGCAUAGGGUCAUGUCCUGUAAUUUGGGGCCAUUUUACCUCAAAGUGUUUCUGCUCUCUUUCUGGUUUGUUUGAAAAUUCUUUUGUGCCUAUGCUUUAUUACUUAUUUCCCUAUGGUGGUAAAGAAUUAUGCCUACUCAGUUUUAUUGACAUAGAUGAUGAAAGAAAGGUGGCUGUCAAUAAGGUAAAAGUGAAACUGAGUAAUUAACUGUUGCAGAAUACUGUGAACUUGUGCUUCUUUAGUGUACUGCUGACUCUUUUUCUUGGUUUCAUCCGCCAUCUUGAAGUGCAUCUUGAAAGCCCCCAUUUGUCAUGUAGUGAUAGGACGCCUGAAGCAAGAUUAAUUACAAAUAGCUCUGUGGAUUUAUGUCAUGCCAAUUAUAACAUUUCCAAAGUGUAAAAGAGAUUUCAGGUGUAUGCAUGAUAUUUUGGGGUGAGUUCACACCCUAGCCUUUCUCCCAGCAUACACUGAGCUGCCUUUUGGGGAGCAGUGGCAUGGUUGGUCAUCCAUGCAUGUUUUCUGUACAUUUCAGAAUAGAGUGCCUUAGCCAGGCCAGAGGUUUGCUUUGUGUUUCUGCUGACCAAAGUUACCUAGACCUGUAAGAAGUUUCUUUCCAGGUUAUGGUAUGAAAAAUGUCCUUUCUUGUCAGAAAAUAAUUCCCCAGUAAUUGAGCGGGGCAUGGGAUAGAAAAAUCUAAAACUGCCUGGAUGGAGUAUGUUAAUGCCGCCUUUUGUGAUCCUUUUAACAUUCAUGAUCUUAGUGCAAUGCACAGUUUAAAAUUGUCACAAUUUAAAUCUUAUUCCUCUACCAAUACGUAAUAAAUAUACUUUAUGGGUUUUAGUCUUAGGGUAAUAGAGUGAAUAACUUCCAAAUAAAAAACUCAAUAGUCUUCCUUGACAUUUUAAUAAUAUCAUGUUUAAAAUACUUUUAAUUCUAAUUUUAAAAGAAAGUUAAAUGCCGACUGUGGUCUAGAAAGUCACAGGACUGCUACCAACAUGUCAUUUAUUUUAAUAUAGAUCUAUUGGGAAGAGGAGUGCAUGUCUAGAGUUGUCCAAAUUCUAAAUGGAUACCACAAGAGUAUUGAUCAUGAGCUGGAGCCUGGGCAUUGGGGGAAUAUGCAAAGGAAAGAGCAGAUGUAAUAUCUACUUUAAGGGAAGAAGGGGUCACUUUAAUGCCUAAUGCCCUUAGGGCCCAAUCACCUCAGUGUAACACACAGUUUAAAACUGUCACAAUUUAAAUCAUCAUUCCUCCAUUCAUUUCAUAUUCAAGUGUGAAUUUGAAAGUUUCCUAAGUGUUUAGUUUUCAAAGAAUUAGUUUAUUUUGUAGUCAGUCAUAAAGCAUUUGGAAUGCACCUUGCUUUCCAAGGGAGACUUUGAUUCUGUAGUCUAUGGAGAAUAAAAAGAUUCUCUGAAGGUGUUAGAAUCAAAGUCCACUUUCUGCCUUGUUUUUUAACUACAAGUCUGUUUGUAUCUCUUCCUCUUCAGUCUUCAUCUGGGUUUCCUUUUAACUCGCCACCGCCUGGGACAGAGAUGCCCACCUGCUUUGUUGCUUCUAGAUCUUGCCACAUUCAGAUCUCCUUGAUUGCCUCAGAUGUCUAGUCAAGAAACGUGCCAGAGGGAACAAAGUCAAUCUGAUGGGCUAGACAGAGCUUUUGACUUUGGCCAAAAACAGAGAAAUUUUGGGUUGUGUUGAUUCUUGUGUUCAGAGUGGCCUUUAUUUUGACCUCAGCUCUAGACUUGAUUGUGCACUCUGUAAGAAAUUUGUGAAGUCAGACUAGAAUUUUCUUUAUCCUAUGAGGGGUCUUUGUGAGGCAGCAUGCCCUUUCUUGAACACCCUGUGGGUGAAUAACGUUAAGUUAGCUGCCAGUGCUAGAACCUUCCAGGAAGAAUUUUAACUAGUAUGCUGCAUUUGAAGCACUUUGACAGGUACGUUUAAAGUGACAGUUUUAACAGUAAAAUGGUGUUAAAUUAAUCACUGUGAAACUUGAAAGUGUGAUGCUCUGUACAUCUUAGGAAGCGUGAGUAAAUUCUGAUUUUCUUUUAUUAAUUAUGAAAUCCAUGUGAUUUGUAUGUUUUACUCUCUAUCUUUGACAGUGGUACAAAUGACUGACAUAUUGGCGGGCAGCUACUUCAGGGUAUAUAGUAAAUUAUGGUUGUCUAAUGUUUUCAGAAAAAGUGGUGAUACGUUUACUUCUUCCUUGUGUGGCGCCAUGGGAACUGGAUUUAUUGGCUAAUUCACUUCCAGUGUUUCUACAGUGCAAAAUAAAUGUAACCUUUUUAACCUGCAUGCUGGUAAUAUGCUUUGCUCUUUAGUAAACAAAUAUGCAAGAGAUAGUAAUCUGGCUGAUUUUUUUUUUAUUUUUUUAAGGCAGGAACCUGCUCUUUAUACAGACAGAUCUUAAAUGAGCUAAAAUUUAGGGUAGCAAAAGAAGUGUUGCCAUUUGUGGCCUUGUCACAGGUGGUCUGAGCAAGGGGGUCGUGUUGCAUUUGGUCAGAAGGGCCAGGCUCCCAGAAUUGGAAAGUGGCAUGUGAACUGAUUUUAGAGUAUUUUAACAAGGGCUUGUCUCUCUAGGAAAGACCAUUUGGAUACAACAGAAGGAGUGCCUGGUGUGCCACAGACCAUUUGUCUUACUUCUCACAGAAUCAUUCAGAAAGCCAGGCUAACUCAGAGUGGUGCUGUUUUUAAAGCAGUUGAAUUAGAUCACGGCCAUAUAAUAUCCAAUGCUACAUUGAAAUUGGAGAUAGGAUUGAAGACACAGGAGUGGCUGCCACGAGUGCCUUAUGGCUCUUUGGCUAAAGUCUUCUCUUGAGCAGUUUCUAUGGGUAACAAUUAAAAUCAGAAUUGAUUUUUUAUUACAACAAAUACAAUUCGCCAUAAAUUCUAGAUUCUGAUAUGCUUGACAAGCACUUUUUAAUAUCUAAAAAGUAAGUUCUUGACCAAGGAACAUAUUUAGUUAGCAUUUGAUGUGACUACCCAGGUUAUAGGAGGGACCUGUUUUAAUUUUACAAGAUCUGUGAAUACUGCAUUAUAAAUCUGAAUAACUGGUAUCAUUCAGUAUCAGGCUUUGAGUUUAAUAACUACUAAUUAUGACUGCCCAUAAUAUUAGCAUUUUUUGUAAGUUAUUUUGUUUAGAUAACUUACCCCAUUAGAGCAGCCAUUCAGGAGACAAACACCCAGCUACAUGUAUUGAUUUAUUCAUUCUCAAAUGUGCCAAGAAAGCAGAAUUUAGUAUUAAACUCCAACUUUCAUUUUUUUUUAAAGAGUAGCAUUUCUUCUAGGUAAAGGGGAAUAAUGCUGAGGUGUAAACUGCCUGCUGCAGCCUUCUCCCGUUUCCCUCUCGUCUCAUAUAAUAGAUUAAAUUUGUACCCAGUUGUAGAGAAAGAAUCGGAUACUUUUCUGAGUAAGGUUUCAUCCCCUGUAACUAAGAAUAGGUGGCAGGAAUCAUGGCCGAAUCAAUUAUUGAGUUGUUUCGCUUGGUCCUGUUGCAGUUUGCUUUCUGUAGUAUUCUGAACCAAAAGGAUGGUUCCAUCCCUUCUCAGGUACCUAGGAACAAUACUACUUGAGCAACUGGAGUAUGUUUGCUAUAAGUAGACUAUAUUAGGGAAGUAGAUGAAGAGGAGCACAAAAUCUUCUUUUCCCUUUCAAGUAGUUUAAUUGAACAUGUUAGUAAUUGGUCUGCCUAGAGCUUGUUGUGUUCAGAGUAAAUAAUGUAGCCUUAUUUUACCUGGUUAUGUGUGGUGUGUGUAUAUACAUAUUUAAUAUGUACACAUGUAUUCCCUGUGCAUAUAUCUGUAUGAUAUAUUCGUAUAUACAUGCGGUCUGCUCUUGAUUAUCGGUGAAGUGGUGAGCCUCCGUUACACUUGACUCAUGUCGACCUAAUCUGCAUGUAGCCCAUUACGGUGAAGCCUCUUCCUUGCCUGGGGCCACAAUCUCCUACUUCCAGUUCACCUCAGCCCUCAAGAAAGGCCCUUGAGGUAUGUCACUUUCCAUUUCCCUUUCACCAGGGAUUAUGGGAGCCAGGAAGACCACUUUUGAGAAAGAUGGCUGCUUCCACCAGGGUUGAGGCUCCUGGGUCUGGAUGAUGAUGGGACCCACUCCUGGCCAGAAGGCAGCUCUGGGAGCGCUUGUGCUCCUGGGCUUGAUGGGGGAGAAAUCUAGCUCUUGUAGAAGUGGGGCUUCACAACUUGCUUCAAUUCCUUAGCUGGAAUGUUGUGAUAUCUUAGAUAAGUCUUUGAUGUACAAGUAGAGUACACCCAUGCCUUUCACCAUUGUUUUUGCAUCAUCGGCAGUACUGGUCCCCAUUGCUGGCCCCGAUAAUCAAGACCUGACUGUUUCUUGCCACUGGAUUCUGGAAGCCUUGCUCUUUCAACUGGAUGUAUGUUUAUUUCUGCUGCUGUGAAACCCAAAAGGAAUGCAGUAGGUUUUAAUUUAAAAUUGUUUAAUUCUAUUAUUGAUAAAUAUUUAUUGUAAUAAAAGUAAAGAGUAAAUAAUU